UCUGUUGAAUUGUCCAUUACAUUAAUACAAUAAGAUAUUUUCCUUUUGCAUUUGUAUUAUCUGGCUUUUAAUUGCAAUUAAUGUUCUAAAUAUUUUGUAUACUUUUCAAACCAUCCAUAAUUUUUCGUCGGUAUUUCAUUUUUUGUCUAACUUCAAAUCCCUCGGCAUCAUGAACAAUUCGGCGGCAAAGGUAGGAGAAAUUUUUCGGGAGGCCGGAACAGCCUUCAACAAAUUGUCCGAAAUGACAAUGCUUCUACAUCCGAUGGGUGAAACGCAACCGGGGGGUAAGUGGACAGAAGAAGAGAUAGAAAUGCUACGUAAUUGUGUACAUCGUUUUGCGGUCGACCUGAACAAACUAAGUCAGCAUAUAAAAGCUAGGACAGUUUCACAAAUCCGUACUACUCUUAAGAAGAAAGCCUUUGAGGAUGCAGGUAUACCAGUGAGGCAGGUAAGCAGUACAAUGGCCAGCUCGAGCCAGCAACCUCAGGUAGUCUCGCCACUGAGCAUCAUCAGCCAACAGAGCGUGUUAGGAAAAAACGCCGAGGUGACACUGAACAUGCUGAACGCUUCAGAAAAUGAGGUAGACGUUGAAGGCUUAUCUGGUGAUGUGAAACUGGAGUUCGAAACAAGUAACGAUGAUGUGGGUGCCUGAAAUUUGUAUAGCUUUUCGUACCUCUAAACGGGCAACACUAACCUUAUUUCACACUGAAGCAUUUUAGUAAGUUAUCUUAAACUACAUAUUUACUUUACACCAAUACAAUGUUAAAAAAAGAGAAAAUUAGAAUAUAGCAUAGACUAAUAGAAAACGUAAGAAAAGUUAAUACAUAUUAUAGUUCCUUGCAAAUUAAUGAAAUGUUAAUUACCGCUGUCAUCCUCGUAGGAAAGAUUGCAUGCGGUGGAUGUUACUAAAAGCGUCUACAGUUUUUUUUACAUAAUGAGCUUUCUCAAAGACCACACAAAUGUUAUAAAUGUAGUACUUAUAUUAUUCUCUCCAGAAGACAUGUGGAUUACUCGACUAACAUAUCAACAUCCACAAAAAGUAUAUUGCUCUAUAACCUCGUCAAUCUUUCAUAUAAUAAUUAUGUUGACAAGCAGCAGACAAAAGUUUAGCAUAUGCUGUAAAGUCAUCUAACUACAGAUUAACAAAUUCUAUCAGUAUAAUAUAAUUUUUAAAAUAAAAAUAAUGUAUGCCUCAGUGUGAAACAAAUUUAUUUGUUUAAAUAGGCUUUUAAUAUACUUCUUACACUUUACUCAAAACUAUCAAAAAUAUUAUUGACAUUAUGAGAGUUCCUAAAAACUAAGUAAUUUCAUACAUAUUUAAACACACUGGCAUAUUUAGCGGAACACAAAAAAAGGUACAUAAUUA